AUGGAGGCUCUGUCUGAUGAGCUGUUGCUCCUCGUCUUCCAGUUACGUGACAGCUUCCCCUCUACCUUCUCCCAAGUCUCUCGGGCCUCGCCGAAGGAGAGAGCUACGGACAGCGGCGACUGGAAGGGCGCCUUCAUCCGAGAGGCUACGUCUCUCUCGUUCACGCCGCCUCCGCUUCCGUACAAAGGGCUCAGCAGCAUUCCGACGGCACCACGCGAGCAAACCGGGGACUCCUACCGGAAGCGCGUGAUGCUGGAUGGCACCGCGAGAGUGCUCGAUAUCCUGGACACCGCAGGCAACGAAGAAUUCUCCGCGCUCAGGCCUCAGUGGAUACAGUCCAGUGCGGCGUUCUUGGUGGUCUACAGCGCUACUUCCUUCGCCUCGUUCCGCCGCUGCGAGGAGUUUAUCAAAGAAGUGUGGCUCCGUGCCUCCCCUCUCCUCACUGGCCGACCGAGCGGCGAUGAGACUAACCAACAGCCGCGGCUGCUCCCACAAAACCACUGCACUGCUGCUACCAAACCUCUUCAGGUCCUGCAGGUGAAGGAGGAGCCCGCGGUGGUGCCGGUGGUCAUGGUGGAGAACAAGAUCGAUCUACGCGACGAGCGCGAGGUGCCCCCGGAUGCGGGACCGGCGGCGGCUCAGGCCAUGGGCUGCUUCUUUGCCCGGGUGAGCUGCAAGACGCGCGAGGGCGUCGACGAGGCCAUGCUGGGAGCAGCGCGCCUGGCGCUGGCCAUUACGACCGGCAAGAUCUUGGACGCCGCCAGUACGACGACCACGACCAGGACGAAGAAGAAUAAGAAGUCCGACCCCUGCCUCCUCGCGUAA